UUUCUUUCGGGUAUGAAGGUUUUGGGCUAUACAAUAUCUGCACAGCACCUUGAUCCGUUGUGGGUAGUGCGGGGGACGAAGCGAGAGUGAGGGCGCACAAGCAGCUAUGGGGUCAGUCAAGCUCCCAACUCUAGCGAGGCGUCAAUAUCCGAUGGGGGUGCGGUUCAAUCCGUUGUAUUCGUUGGGCUGGGGUAUGCCCCGCAUGAGCCGGAUUUCCCUUUAUGACUUCGUCGACGCCAGCGAUACCCCGGCCGUACGCGCCUCCGUCAGCUUCUUCGGUAACCCGAACCAAAUGAAAGGCGCUACGGCAACACCAAUACCCCCAUCAGCCCAGUCCAGCCCCUAUUUUAUCGCUUCGAAAAGUAGAUUCUUUGCAACACAAACGAAUGACGCCUGUCUUCUGCAGGUCUUCGCAAACACCGUCCUCAUUAACGCUGAGCGAUAUCCUUGUCAUCGUGCAUCCACAUGGGUCUUGCCUAACAACCGGUCGCGAUUCCGCCUGCACUGUUUCCUGCCGGGUGUGAGUUUAUGUCAACAACUAUAUUGUAAUAGAACAUAGAAAGCUUGGUUGCGGUAGGGGUACAUAGCACCAUAUCGAUAAUCCGGCGGUCGUCGACGUUCCUGAAGCCCCGGAGUCCAUCCUCGUUGUACGUGCAAAAAGGGUCAUAAAGUCUGCCCGCAUAUGCAAAGCUCCCCUUCCUUCAAUGUGCAGUACGGUUAAUGGGAUACAUCACACCCUCUUCGCCACAGGAACAUGCAUGAGCGCAGUCCUAGUCCAUACCGCCGUCGGAGGAUGCGAACGCAACCGCAUAAAGUGACAUUGGUAACCCAUGCCAUCCGGAUUUUCGUCCUGACGUAAGGACCUUGACAAAGGCACACCAUGCGUG